AUGUCUAAACAAAAUAGUACCGACAAUAAUAAGGAAAAAGAUGCAUCUAAUGUUCCAAAAUUUGGGGUUAGACACAUUCAAGCCUUGUUAUGCUUCACAUUACUAGCUGUGGGUUACUCUAUGAGAAUGAACAUCUCUGUAGCAAUUGAAGCUAUGACUCAACCGACUUCAGACAAUCCCGAUAUACCAGUAUUUGAUUGGACGGAUCAGAGUUUAGUUCUUGCUUCCUUCUUUUGGGGAUAUUGGUGCACGCAAACACCUGCAGCUUUCUUAGGAAAAAAGUACGGUCCCAAAUGGUUUCUAACAAUUGUAAUGUCUUUAAAUUCCAUUCUGUGUGCUAUUACUCCUUUGGUGGCUGAACAUCUAGGUUCCAAAGGUGUUAUGGUAAUAAGAGUAAUACAAGGAUUGUCACAAGGGUUUUUGUUUCCGUCAGUACACACAAUGUUGACGAAUUGGGCACCGUUGCCUGAACGAUCUGGAAUGAAUGGGUUUGUCUACUCUGGUGCCACUAUUGGUACAGUUAUUGUGAUGCCUGUAACUGGAUUCAUUUCGGAAAGUUGGGUGGGUUGGCCAACUUCAUAUUACUUGUUCGCUGGUAUAGGUGUUGUUUGGACUAUUGCUUGGGUGUUUCUUGGGGCCAACAAACCAUCUUUGCACAAAUACAUUUCUAAGGAAGAAAGAGAAUAUAUAGAAAAGUCGUUAGGACAUGAAGAUCACAAAGAGCACAAUACUCCAUGGCGGGAAAUUCUUACUUCAAGACCAUUUUUUGGUAUUGUUGUGACAUCUAUAAGUGUCGGUUUUGGGAAUACAUUUUUGUUGACUGAAACACCUACAUAUAUGAACAAAAUUUUGGGCUUGGAUAUAUCUAAGAAUAGUACAUUAUCUGCAGCUCCGUCAUUAGCUGGUUUUCUUGCUCUAUUGGUUAUCAGUCCAUUAUCAGACUUCCUAAUUAACAGAAAUAUUUUGUCAAGACUUCUUACAAGAAAAAUUUUCAACACCAUUGGUACAGUAGUUCCUGCAAUUGGUAUGACUGCCAUCAGUUUUCUACCAAAAGAUCAAGUAAAUUUAUCGGUCGCACUUUUAAUUUUCAAUGGUGCUGUUGGCUCAGGUUAUACUUGUGGAGCUAUGGUAAAUCUGUUAGAUUUAUCACCAAAUCAUGGUGGCAUUCUAAUGGGUUUGGCAAAUGGUUGUGGAAAUAUUUUUGCCAAUUUUGGACCUCUUAUCGUACAAUAUGUUGUCACAGACACCACUAACCAGUCGCAGUGGAGGAUUGUUUUUAUUUUAUCAGCUUGUGUAUAUAUUGUAGCAGAUUGUAUUUAUUUGAUAUUUGCUUCUACUGAUGUUCAAAGUUGGAAUGAAGAAUCUCAUGAUACAAUAGAAAAUUAUGAGAAGGAUGAUCCAAAGUUUAAGGUAUAAAAAUAUUGUAUGUUUUUUCUUUAAACGAAAAUUUUGAUUCAUAUUGAAUCACAAAAAUAAUUUAAACACAUAUAUUUAUAUCAAUAUUGAUGUAUAUUUUAA